UAAUGGCCGGCCUAAGAUGGAGAGAGUGGUGGAACACGAUGGCCUUCCCCACCCGGCGCAUCUGGAAUCGUUUCACCGUUCGCGUCGGCUUUCGACAUAGCGGACUCUUGAGGUUACAAAACGACAUGACAGCUGCAAUUUCACCUUCUUUUAACGCAAACACUAAACAUAACAAACCACCGUCGUUUCCAUCGGAAUCAUCAAAUCGCCGGCCAAAAACACGAGACGUAGCAUCACGAUACCUCGACGGUGCUUCUUCUUUAUUUCACCAAUCAUCAUCACCGAAGAGAUGUCAAUCUCCGACCGUUACUCGACCGGUGACUCCGUCGUCGGUUGCUACAAAUCGGCCGAAAUCAACACCGCGUCGUGAGUCGUUAGAUCGACGAGGAAAUAGUGGAGAGGUUUCAAAAGCGCAGAGAAUGUUGUUGACUUCUGGGAGAAGCUUGUUUGCGUCGUUUCAGGCUGAUUCGUUUACAGGGAAUGAGAAUAGAUCGAAGUUGAUUUCAUCUCCGAUUACUCCAGUGAGAGGUACGAAGACGACUUCGUCGGCAACAACAUCUAGAAGUGGUGGAGGUAAGCAAGAGAAAUUGAAGCUCUCUGAUCAUUGGCCUAGGUCUCUGCAACCUAAUUGUUUGAGUAGAAGUGUAGAUUUUACAGAUACUAGGAAGAAACUUACCGGAUCUGGCAAUGGUGUAGCUAGAGCUCUGCAGAAUUCCAUGAUGAAUAAUAGACCGGUUUCGCGUGAACGGAGAGAUUCAUUGAGUGUUGAUUUAGAGACAGAGAGUGUUUCUUCUGGAACCUCUAAUGGAAGAGGGAAAAUGUUACCAGCUCUUGGCAAUGUGGUUAAGGGGAGAGUUUCGCAAUCGAUUAGUAAUCGGUCGCAGGAUCGGUUAGAGACUAGCUCACAUGGACUGAGGAAGAUAUCUGUGGAUAGUUCGGUAUUGUCCCCAAAAGGAAGUCAAUUGUUUCCAAAAAGUGAGCAGAUUCGACCAGCUUCACCUGGUAAAUUUGGUAUGAAUGCAGCUUUGUCGAGUCCGAGAGGAACAAGCAUUGCUAGAGGAAUAAGCCCUUCGAGAGGUGUGGUUCCUCCAAGAGGGAUUAGUCCUUCAGGCAGAAUGAGUCCACUAAGAGUGAGAAGCUCGCUGAGUAAAAACACGCCUUUGAUUCCGAAUUUUGUUGUGGAUGCUAAAGAGAAGAUCAGAGAUAAUGGAGUUGCUGAUGCUCACUUGUUGAGGCUAUUACACAAUAGAUUGCUCCAAUGGCAAUUUGCUAAUGCACGAGCAAAUGCUGUUAUCUCUGCACAAAAGAUGAGAGCGGAGAAAAGACUGUGCAAUGCAUGGAUAAGUAUCUCUAAGCUAUAUGAUUCUGUCAGAGCGAAAAGAAUCGAAUUGCAGCACCUGAAGCAGAAUUUGAAACUGAUAGCUAUUCUCAAUAGGCAGAUGGGACAUCUAGAAGAGUGGUUGGUUAUGGACCGGGAUUAUAUGGGUUCUUUAGUAGGAGCUGCUGAAGCGCUAAAAGGCAGCACACUUUGCCUACCUGUUGAUUGCGGGGCAAUGGUAAAUGUACAAAGUGUUAAGGAUGCCAUUUGUUCAGCAGUUGAUGUUAUGCAAGCAAUGGCAUCUUCCAUAUGCUUGUUGCUGCCAAAGGUUGGGAAAAUAAGUAGCUUGGCGGCAGAACUUGGCCGUGUGAAUGUCAAGGAAGAAGGGAUGCUCGACGUGUGCCGGGACCUUCUAAACACAAUCUCAGCUCUGCAGGCAACGGAAUGCAGUUUGAGGACACAGGUGACACAGCUACAAUAGUAAGGUGUCAAUAAGUUAACAAAACCGAGUGUAAGUAAGAAAAAAACCACUCAUUAUCGGCAAAUUUGGAGUUAUGAUAAUGUAAGGAGAUCAUCUAAUUCAAAUAGAGAGGCCAAUUCACUUGAUAGUUUAACAACCGAAAGUCAGUUGUAAAUAUUUUCGACUCGGUGUUCUAAUGAAUUUAGUAUGCUGUU